UGCACUAGCGUGUACGCCAACCCUUUUCUUUGAACUGAACUCUGUUAAUAGGCGAUGAACCAACAACAAUACUUUGCACAAGACCGUGGAGAAACAUCAACUACCCUGCUCUCCGUCCUGCAUGAGUUGACUUCGCGGCAAGAUGCAUUCUCCUCACAUUCUCUCCAUCCAUUCGCUGCGGAGCCAGAUACGCCAGUAAACCUCUUGCAUGCUGUUAUCGACGCGACAAACAGGAUCUCUCACUCGCUCAGCACGCAUCUGUCGCUCCCGCUAGCGGACCAAAAGUUGAUUUCGCUGUAUAGGCAACAUACCUCGAUUGCCCAGAUAUUGCACCGCUCCGAACAGAAUAUACGCUCAACGCUGGACAGCCUGCGGAAACGCGAGGGAAUCACGUAUGGAGAAGACAUUCCUUUGGAACGCAUGAUGAUCGCCGACUGGUGCGUCUCAAGACUAGAAACAUGGGGCUCAUCAGCGGGGAUGGAAGCCUUCAGAGAAGAAGAGCGCGAUGGUCGGAUUAUGGUAGUCCUAGGCGGCAAGGUGCUCGUCAUAGACAUCGAACUGUCCGUGGACAGGAGCGACUCAGACAAUCCCAAAGUCUCACUUGCGACCCUGAAGACCUCCUACGCCAUUCUGAAUGGCGCGGCAACACAACAGGGAUCUCUAUCUCUUGAUGGAUUUCUUGCAAUGCGUAUCGGUGACUUUCUAACGGAGGUACAGAAGGAGGCGGACGAGCGUGACAGCGUCGAGGCUGCGAGGUUAGGCAGGCUGUUCGCGGAGCACAUGAUGUAUCUCAUGCAGCUGGAUCAACUGGCUACUAACGAAGGUGCCAACGGCCUACGAUGGUUCAGCGAUAUGGACGCGUUAGCUCUUGAGACGGAGCGCUUCGCCACGCAAGAGGCCGAAGUGAUUUCGAGGUCGCAGCCCAGUUCUUAUGUGCCACUAGACGUGUUUCUCAUGCGUUCGCAUGCUCUGCCUCUUCCUUACCUCACCUCUCCUUCCAUGUCUUUCCUAGUUCACAUCUCCCCACGGACAUAUCUUUUCUUGCUUCGUUCCUCGCCUAGCUCAGCACCUCCCUCCACUUCUCCCGUCCCUAAUUUCGACAUCCCCCUUUCUCAUCUCCGUUCCCAACUUUCCGUCCACCCGCGACCCGAGGGAGUCACUCUCGCCACGCUCACGCUCACCCGGUCCUUCUCGCCGAUAUCCUCUCCGGACUCUAUCAACAUCUCCGACCUCGCCACGCGGCCGACAUUCCCACUCGUCCAGAGCGGACACGAAACGAACUUCUCGCUGCCCCUGCCGCAGUCAUCCGAGCCCGGGUUUGUCGCAGGGCAAGCUUACAGUUGGAUAUUGGACUUCACGGACGGGGGAAAGUAUCCAGGGGUGGUGAUGAGCCAGUCGAGGAUGCGCGAAAUCGAGCUAGUGAUCAAUCCGUUGAGUGGAACGGACCACAUGAAUAGCGCCCCCAUGGCGUUCGGGAUGGGCAGCUGGCUCGGAUUGCUGCUUAAUCGCGAGAACCCCAUUGCGCCGGAACGAUUCAUAGCGCUUUAUACGUCUCCAACGUCCACCCAUCCCCCGUUGCAAUAUCGGCUCACUUCACCAGAAGAGCCAGGCUUCAUUCUAGAGAAGGUUCCGGUCCGGACUGUCAAAGAGAUCUGGGGAAUCCUUGAGGUCGUCAGGGAACAAUGUUGGCUAAACGAGAUCAUCAGUGCCCAGCACUGGGUUCCCGAAGGUUUGACGGGUGAGCCCGGGGAAGAACUCGGCGAUGACGACGCCACCGAAGACGACCUUGAUGCUCUGCUGAAGGGUACUCUCACGCCACGCCGCCUGCCGGUCAAUCUCCUGCUCCCGAUACCGCCACCGCCCGACCUCCUUGACCCGACCUCCCUUUCUCCCUCCUCGCACACGCGCCUCUUGCUCUCCUCGCCGGAGCGCCCGCCCAUGCCCGGACUCGUAGAGAUUUCUGUGGGCUUCGACCCAAGCCGCCCACGCGGCGUGGCGGUGGCUGUGACUGGCGCCAUGGGCGCGGAUUUGCAGAUGGAUGUGUUGGAGGAGGUAUGUAGGAGGGGAGGCGUGCUAGGCCUGGCGGGACGCGUGUGGGCGAAGUCGCAUGGGUCUGUAUGAUGUGGAGUGCUUUAGGUUGCAA